CUAGAAUUUAAUUCGCAUCAUCACAUGUCGUCAGCCUGUCUCGCCGUGCACUUGGUACUCUAGUACUUAGUACACAUUUUAGCAAAACACAUUUUUAUCAACGUAGAAUAGACACACCACGGCUCAACGUUUUAACAAAUAUUAUUUCGCCAUUUUACCAGUAAAAAUUCUGUUGAGGGGUUUUAUUAGAACUUAAUUGUUUUAUAUUUGGGGGAAAUGGGAGAAGCGAGCAGGGAUGUGUGUGCGGAUUUGGAAAAACUAUUGGAACCAAUAAAGGCUGUUGAGGAAAAAUGGAAGCUUGUUCCAGCAUUUCUCAAGACCAAAGGUCUUGUAAAACAGCACAUUGAUUCCUACAACUAUUUUAUAAAUGUAGAUAUUAAGAAGAUUGUGAAAGCCAAUGAAAAAGUUGUAAGUCAUGCUGACCAAACCUUCUACAUCAAAUAUUUGGAUAUUCAUGUGGGGAAGCCAGACUCGAUUGAAGAUAUGAACCAUUCUCGGCUGACCACACCACAUGAGUGCAGAUUGAGAGAUAUGACGUAUUCAGCACCAGUUACUGUGGAUAUUGAAUAUACCAGAGGGCAACAAAGGAUUGUUCGUAAUGGAAUUCCAAUUGGGAGGAUGCCCAUCAUGCUCAGGAGCUCAAAUUGCACACUAGCUGGUAUUUCACCCGCGGAGAUGGCGAAAAAGAAUGAAUGCCCAUAUGAUUGUGGAGGAUAUUUUAUUGUUCGCGGAAAUGAAAAAGUAAUUUUAAUUCAAGAGCAAAUGUCAAAAAAUCGCAUGAUCGUCGAGCAGGAUAGGAAAGGAAAUAUGUCUUGUCAAGUCACCAGCAGUACCCAUGGAACGAAGACGCGUACCAACGUCGUUGUUAACAAAGGGAAAUACUAUCUGAAACAAAAUAGUUUCCAAGAUGACAUACCGGUUGCUAUAGUGUUUAAAGCCAUGGGGAUUGUGUCUGAUCAAGAAAUAGUCCAAAUGAUCGGUACUGAUGAUCGUGUGAUGACGUCAUUCGCCCCUUCACUAGAAGAGUGCGUUCGAGCUUCCAUCUUCACUCAACAACAAGCUCUAGGACAUCUGGGUAACAAAUUGCGCCAGAAACGGUUUUUUGGAGGUCCGAAGAAAACAGCAACCGAAGAAGCCAGGGAGACCCUUGCUACGACUAUUUUAGCCCAUGUUCCAGUGGAAAACUUUAAUUUCAAAGCAAAGGCUAUGUAUCUCGCAUUAAUGAUUCGUCGAGUUAUUCAAGCUGAAAAUGACCCAACUUCUGUUGAUGAUCGUGAUUAUUACGGUAACAAGCGUUUGGAGUUAGCCGGUUCACUUCUCUCCCUACUGUUCGAGGAUUUGUUUAAGCGAAUGAAUUUUGAAUUGAAACAAAUUGCGGACAAAAACAUUCCGAAGAUUAAAGCAGCUCAGUUUGAUGUUAUCAAACACAUACGGACAGACCACAUAACAAAUGGAUUGGAAAAUGCCAUAGCCACUGGGAAUUGGACCAUCAAACGUUUUCGCAUGGAUCGGCAAGGUGUUACUCAAAUGCUCUGUCGAUUGUCGUAUAUUUCCGGACUUGGGAUGAUGACACGUGUAAAUUCUCAGUUCGAAAAGACGCGAAAGGUGUCGGGACCGCGUUCUUUACAACCUUCUCAAUGGGGUAUGCUUUGCCCGUCAGAUACUCCAGAAGGGGAGGGAUGUGGGCUCGUGAAAAAUCUCGCACUUAUGACCCAUAUCACAACUGAAGCCGAGGAAGAACCCAUCAGCCGGAUCGCUCAAAAUAUGGGUGUCGAAGAUAUUAACCUUUUCAGUGGCGAGGAAAUUAGUGACCCAAGCAUCUACACAGUUUUCCUUAAUGGUAAUAUUCUCGGGUUGGUCAAGGACUACCUGCGGUUGAUCCGGUAUUUCAAACUGGCUCGACGCCAUGGCUUCAUCAAUGCAUUCGUGUCGAUCUACCCGCAUUUCCAAACGCGUUCCGUUUAUAUAAGUUCCGAUGGCGGUCGUUUGUGCCGACCUUAUAUAAUCGUCCGAAAAGGGAAAGCAGCCCUAACCGAUAAACACAUGCAAGAAUUGGCAGAUAGCUUUCGAACCUUUGAAGACUUCAUUCACGAUGGAUUGAUUGAAUACUUGGACGUGAACGAGGAGAAUGACAGCAACAUUGCUGUAUACGAAUCCGACAUCAACGAAGAAACCACUCAUCUUGAAAUUGAACCGUUUACCUUGCUAGGCGUAUGCGCUGGAUUGAUCCCGUAUCCCCAUCACAACCAAAGUCCGCGUAACACUUAUCAAUGUGCCAUGGGAAAACAAGCAAUGGGAACUAUUGCCUGCAAUCAACGAAAUCGCAUUGAUACGCUUCUCUACAAUUUGGUGUACCCCCACAAGCCAAUGGUCAAAACUCGAACGAUUGAACUCAUUAACUUUGAGAAUCUCCCUGCUGGACAAAACGCUAUGGUUGCAGUGAUGAGCUACUCAGGUUUCGAUAUUGAGGACGCUACUGUUUUGAACAAAGCAUCAUUGGAUCGAGGUUAUGGACGCUGUUUGGUUUACAAAAAUGCUAAAUGCGCUUUGAAGCGGUACAACAAUCAGAGCUCUGAUCGUGUAAAUGGUCCAAUACUUGAUGCAGCAUCUAAAAAGCCCAUAUGGAAGCACGACAUUCUAGAUGCGGAUGGUUUCGCAGCAGUCGGUCAACCUGUUGAACCUAAGCAGGUUUUGAUCAACAAAGCUAUGCCUACAGCUCCCGUGGUCACUGUCGCUGCUGGAGCGCCUGCGGCUGUUCCUCUGCCCGAAUAUCGCGAUGUCCCUAUCACUUAUAAAGGGGCAAUUCCGUCAUACGUGGAAAAAGUCAUGUUUUCUUCCAAUGCAGAAGAAUCACACAUAAUAAAAAUCCAGUUACGACAGACUCGUCGUCCUGAGAUUGGCGACAAAUUCAGUAGUCGACAUGGACAGAAAGGAGUCACUGCACUUAUUGCUGAACAAGAAGAUCUACCAUUUACGGAGCUAGGAAUUUGCCCCGAUGUCAUUAUGAAUCCCCACGGAUUUCCAUCACGUAUGACGGUCGGAAAGCUGAUUGAACUGCUUGCGGGAAAGGCCGGAGUUUUGGAAGGCAAAUUCCACUACGGCACUGCGUUUGGAGGGUCUAAGGUGCAAGAUGUUAGUGAAGAAUUGAUUAAGCAUGGAUACAACUACCAAGGCAAAGAGUGUAUGACGUCUGGUACAACAGGGGAACAACUGUCUGCUUAUAUUUAUUUCGGGCCGGUAUACUAUCAAAAAUUGAAGCACAUGGUGAUGGAUAAGAUGCACGCACGAUCCCGUGGACCAAGAGCUGUACUCACACGGCAGCCGACAGAAGGUCGGGCCCGUGAAGGUGGUUUACGUCUUGGCGAGAUGGAACGAGAUUGCCUUAUCGCAUACGGAUCCAGCAUGUUGAUCUUGGAGCGAUUAAUGAUAUCUAGUGACGCCUUUGAUGUCGAUGUUUGCAACCAGUGCGGACUGAUGGGCUAUUUUGGUUGGUGCCAUUAUUGCAAGUCAAGCGUCUCCGUCUCUUCUAUCCGUAUUCCCUAUGCUUGUAAACUUUUAUUUCAGGAGCUUCAGGCAAUGAACAUAGUUCCACGACUCAAAUUGGAUAAGUACUUUGACUGAAGAUGUUGUGAUAUCUCAAAUUUGCUGAACAUUACAACUCAUCAACGAAAUUAGAUUUGAUUA